AUGGUUCGCGUGGUGGACUGGGUCAUCGAGAGUGAAGAAUAUUCACUUGGGGUCAGGCGCCUGAAUGCGGCAUGCGUGGCCACUGGUAUUGAGGGCGGUAAGCAGGCGGUGCGGAAGCAGUUGGCUGUCGAGAAUUUUGAUCCGGUGGAUCCGAGUGCUGCAAAACAGUCAGCCCAGGUGAUGCAUGCUGCUAUAAAGGUGUUCUUGGAGACAGAUUUUGCCUCAUACCUCCGUCUGGAUGAGUUGGACUUGGCGGGGCUCUGCCAGCUCUGUUUGGAUUCUUAG